GAAUGGGAGCGGGAGGGGCUUACAUUGGGCAGACCCGCCCCCUCUCGGAGUGACGUCACCGGACAUACGCCAUUCCCGUGCCUGUGUUCACGGUGUACGCGCUGGAAAGCAUCCUUUCUCUGUGCGGCGGGUAGAUUCAUGCUGGGAGCGCGCUGAGCACUAUGGCGUCGAGAGUGUCCGAGCUGCGCGUUAUUGAUCUGAAGUCCGAGCUGAAGCGGAGGAACCUGGAUGUGACCGGGGUAAAGAACGUGCUGAUCGCUCGGCUGAAGCAGGCAAUUGAGGAAGAAGGGGGUGAUCCUGACAACAUUGAAAUAACUGCCAGUAGCGAUACUCCUUCAAAGAAACUGAUGAAGAACAAAGGUAGGAAACAAGAGGCUGAUGAGUCUGGCUGUGAAGCUUCUAUGGAAGAAGAUUCUACUAAGGACAAUGAGCUGGACUCACAAGAUGUAAGUGAUCAAGAUGGUAGUGAUGACAUAAAGGACUCUGAGGAGAAUGAUGAAGAAAUUUCUAAGUCUGUCACAGUACUAUCCACUGAAGGAGAGAAGAGCAGUGAAUCAAAGCUUAUCCAUCCAGACGAGGACACUGAGAGAGAACCUCAAAACCAAGAUAAUGAAAAUCAAGAUUCACAAACCUUUUCUGAUCAUGAUGUUGUUCCAGAUGAAGCAGAGGAUGACGAAAGUGAAAAUAAAGAUAUAACAGGUUCUGGUGAUGGUACACAUGAAGUUUCUAAACCUCUUCAUUCAGAAGAGAAUGGCUCAGAACUGGUUGCCAAAGAAGACAUGGAAGUUCACACAUCUCAGAAAGAAGCCGAGGAUGAUAAUGUAUCUGUCACAAUCCAGGCUGAAGAUGCCAUCACGAUCGAUUGUGAUGGGGAUGACCUCCUAGAAACAGGUAAAAAUGUGAAACUUGCAGAUUCGGAGGCAUGCAAGGCAAAGGAUCAACAGGAGAGAAGUGACCACAAGGAUGGCCUGGCGGAACUGAAAGAUGUUAAAUCCGAGAACAAAAAAGAUGACAAGAAAGAGGAGAAUAUUAAAGGAGAUGGUGCUAAGAAGGAAUCCAGAGAAGGUUCAAAGAAAGCUGAAUCUGGAGACAAAGACAAGGAUUCUCAGAAGAAAGGUCCCUCAUCUACUGGGGCUUCUGGUCAAGCAAAGAGUUCAUCCAAGGAUGCGAAAGACGGCAAAACCACAUCCAAGGAAGAUAAAGGAGGUAUUGGCAGUACAAGCUCAUUGAGGAAUCUUUGGGUCAGUGGACUUUCAGCUAAUACAAAAGCAGCGGACUUGAAGAAUCUAUUUGGAAAGUAUGGAAAGGUUCUUAGUGCAAAAGUAGUUACUAAUGCAAGAAGUCCAGGGGCAAAAUGCUAUGGGAUUGUUACCAUGUCCUCCAGCGCUGAUGUUUCUAGGUGCAUUUCUCAUUUUCAUCGCACAGAGUUGCAUGGUCAGCAGAUAUCUGUGGAGAAGUGGAAGAGUGAUACUUCAAAGAGAGACCAGAAGAAAGAGAGUGAUGAGAAAACUGGGCUAGGCAGAACAUCUGGAGAUAGGAAAGCCUCUGGAGGAGACAAAAGCAGCAAGCCCCUUGGUUCAGUUAAGAAGGAUGACAAAAAAUCUGACAAACCGGAAAAAAAAGAAAGCAAAGAUGGUAAGAAAGAUGGCAGAGACAAGACUGACAGUGGCGCUGGUGGUUCUAGUCAAGAUGCUUCAAAAAAGAAUGAAGAGCGGAAACGGCCAGGCAAACAUCCUGGACAGAUGGUGGUAAUAGACCAAACAAAAGGAGAUCAGUUUUACAUGAGGCCACAGAUGAGAAGAGGACGGUUUGACAAAUUGAGAAACAGGGAGAGGUUUUUUCCAAAUAAAAUGAAGUUCCGUGAGUUCAGAGACAAAAAAGACAUUUUGACAUUUGAAAAAAUGAAAGCGCAAAGACUGAGAGAAAAUGUAGAGCGAUUGGAGCGUUUGCAGAGAUACCACAGAGCGGUGGAGCUAAGAAGGCGUAGAGAGAUGGCUGAGCGAGAGAGGCGGGAGAGGGAGCGUGUUCGAAUAAUGCGAGAGCGAGAAGAACUUGACCGUCUACAGAGAGAGCGUGAAAGACUAGAAAUAGAAAGACAAAAACUUGAGCGUGAGAGAAUGGAGCGUGAACGCCUGGAAAGAGAGCGUAUUCGUAUUGAGCAGGAACGACGCAAAGAAGCAGAGCGCAUUGCACGUGAGAGAGAACAACUGCGGCGACAGCAAGAACAGCUUCGCUUUGAGCAAGAGAAGAGGAACUCCUUGAAGAGACCACGGGAUGUUGAUCACAGGCGAGAUGAUAACUUUUGGGGUGAGAACAAGAAAAUGGCUAUGGAAACAGAUUCCCGCUUCAACCAAGGGUCUGAAUACAACAGACAGCAGACAAGAUUCAAUGACUUUGAUCAUAGGGAGCAGCGUGGUCGAUAUCAAGAGGGUUCAUCAGCAUCUUUUGAAAGACGUGAACGCUUUGUGGCACAAGGCGAAGGCAAGAAACCCUUUACUAAGAACUUCAAUGAUACAAGAAGAAAUGAGGUGGCACAACCUCGAAAUGAACCACGGGACUCAGACAGAAGAGAUCGUGAUGAACGAAGGGCAGUUGUUAUAGAAAGAACAGGCACAAACAGAGCUGAUGGUCAAAGUCAUGAUCGGGGAAGGCUUGGUAACCCAGAUAUGCAACAAGGCCGACAUCAAAGAGAUGCUCCGGCCAACCCACAACGGGCAGCAAACUGGAAGGGAGAUGCUGCAAUGGCAGUAGAUAAGCGGGAAGCAAGAACGGACAGGCCCGGAAGAGAUUCAUCUGGUCAUUCCUCAAGGGGUGGUCAUUCCUCAAGGGGUGGUCAUUCCUCAAGGGGUGGUCAUUCCUCAAGGGGUGGUCAUGGUAAUCGUGGAGGUAAAUCUGGCUACCCUGGAAGAGAUGGUGAUCGGACAGUAAUUGUGGGAGACCGUGGAAGUGGUGGACAACAUUAUAAUGAAGGAAGACACCUCCCCCCUGGCCGGGAUAAUGCUGGCCCAAGAAAGGAUUGGCAUGGUCCCAGCACACGGGGAAGUGGAUACGAUGGUAGAAGGAUGGCAGAUAGUCGCAGUGGUGGCAUUAUGUCGUCGCAUACCAGUAAUGCGCCAAUCAACAGAGUUGUGCAGAUGCCAGGUGGAUCCAUACCUCGAGGAAGUGGCUCUGCGUUCAAGUCUUUUAAGGGAGCACCUCCAAGGAGAUAUUGAGUCUUCUGUUACCUGGUUUUCAAGAUAACUUAUUCAUUUCUUGUAAACUGUACUGAAAGCAACAGGGCCUUUAAUAAAGAUCUUAGUCCCGCUUCA